CAUUACUGCCCUUACUGAGAAAGCAAUGUAUCGAGCAUUUGGUUUUGGCCUAGGCACGAGCAUUUUCUUAUUCCCAACUCUCUUCUUCGCCAGGCAAAGAUCGGUUUUCGCAGCAGAGCGGAGGUUUAAACCCAAUAUAGCCGUCAUUGGAGCGGGCAUCGGAGGUUCGAGUUCAUCGCACUUUCUUCGGGAGCUUUUUGGAUCAGAGGCAACGAUUGAUGUAUUUGAGGCUUCAGACAGGAUCGGUGGACGUUUAGAUACGAUAGAAAUUGCCGGAAAACGUUUUGAAUCUGGAGGAUCCAUAAUUCACCCCGAUAAUAAAUAUAUGGGAGAUUUCGUCAAACUUCUUGGACUCAAGAAGCUCAAAAGCAGUGAACCAAGUGCCCUUCUUGGAAUUUAUAAUGGCAAGGAAUUUUCCUUUUAUGGUAGCAGAUGGAAACUUGUGAACUACAUAAAGCUUAUUUGGAGAUAUGGCUUAUUUGACCUUUACACUAUGGACAAAUUUAUCACAAACAUGUUGAAGAACUUUUCAAAUAUUUAUAAGCUGCAGGAAAACCAAGAGGCUUUUGAAAGUGUACCUGAAAUGCUAAAAGCAAUGGGUGGGGAAGAAUUUUAUGAAUACACCCAGAAGACAACAAGGCAAACUUUGGAGAAGAUUGGCCUCAACUCUUGCCUGAUUGAUAAGCUAGUGACAGCUGUCAUGAGGGUCAAUUAUGGUCAGGAUGUGACCUUGAAUGGGUUUGCAGGGUCAGUUUCCCUGGCAGGUGCACAGGGUGGGCUUUGGUCAGUCGAAGGUGGAAACUGGAAAGUCUGCAAGGGUUUACUUUCCAAAUCCAAAGCUACAGUGUACAAAAACACCAAAAUCACAGAGGUAGUUAAAACAACUCAGAGCAGCACUGGACAUCCAGUUUACUCCUUAAAAGGUGAUGGGCAAAUUCCAGACAAGCACUAUGAUGUUGUCAUUGUAGCUGCCCCUUUCGAGAUUCUUGAUUACUUCUUUGAUUGCAAAGAUUGCAGAGAAUGGCCGGUUCCAAAAGAACUGGGAAACUUCUGGCGCACGGUUGCUACUUUUGUGCAUGGUCAAGUCAACAUGACCCAUUUUGGUUUUUCAACUGAGGAUGACAUACCAGAAAUAAUUGGCACUACAGAAACACCAGAAAACUACUUCAACUCCGUAGGUCUGCAAGACCCAGUGGAAAACAGGUCAAACACUGAUCCUAUGGACUUGCCUAUUCGCAAAGUUUUCUCACGAUCUGAUCUAACUGCUUUACAGCUAAAUGAGUUGUACAGCAAUGUGGAACAAGUGAAAGUUGUCUCCUGGCUUGCAUAUCCCCACUAUACCCCUCCUGAGAAGUUUUGGUCUUUUGUUUUGGAUGAUGGUGUGUUCUACGUCAAUGCAAUUGAACAUUCUGCUAGUGCAAUGGAGAUGUCAGCAGUGAGUGCUAAGAAUGCCGCCUUGUUGGCACAUAAGUAUUACACUGGUGGAAGUUCACCACAAGCACAAGAUAAUGCCACACCGUCAGAUAUCAAAAGUGAACUGUAAUGCAAGUAGUUUUAAAUUUUUAGACUCAAUCAAUACUGUGAGAACACUGGAAGCUGACUCAAUAAUUUGUCAUUUUUAGGACGUGAUUUUGUGAUUUUGAUAUUCUAAGAUGUUUCAGAAGGGUCUUUUAACCAAGUCACAUGGCGAUUCUUUGCUGAGAGCAGUCUGGAGUCUAUAGUGUUAAGUACAUUGAAGUCACUGAUUAAAACAGAGGAUUCAGAGGGACUAGGCUGGGAUUCUGCAACUUUCUGGGGAGGGGGAAUUCAGUCAGAGCACUGAAUUCAGGAUUCAGGCUUACCGGUUCAAUCCUGACAGUGACUGGAGUGUUUCUGUUGAGCCCUUGGGUAAGAAACAAGUUUGCACUGUUCACCUCUU